GCCAACUCGUUGCACGCCCUGGCCGGGAUCUAUGGUGAUGGUGCACCUCCUCAAGCCGCACUCUCCAGUCCUUUGCCCGGAUCGGUUGUGCCACGCUUGGUGGAUGAGGUCGUGCAAGGCUCCACAUGGCAGCAGAACCCGCAGUUGUUGGCCUCUGUGGCCAUUGCUUCUGCUCGACUACGGCAAGGCUCUCCGGAGCUCUUCUCCUUGGUGAGCCAAACGGUCCGCCGAGAUGUUGCCCGAGGAACACCAAAGCUGUCGAAGCAGAACCAGUCCGAGUUGCUCUGGUCCUUUGCCGUCAGCGGUUUCUUUGAUCUUCAGCUCUUCUCCUGGGUCAUGAGCCAACUGGAUGCGGGAAGUGGGGCCCUGAGAGUGAGAUGCCUAUACAUGUUCAAGAGCAAUUUCAUGAUCAUCAAGGACUUUGCCAAGAAUGCUUGA